GGAUAUCUCUCGAUUGAUUCUCUCAUCAUCUCUCCCUCCCUCGUUUUUGCACAUCAAAAAAAAAAGAAGGUAAAUGGCAUCGAAGGACAAGAAACCAGCGAAGCCGUCGAGCAGUCGCGCCGGUAAAAUCCGCACUCUCUCCGAUCUCAAUCGGAGAUCAAAUCCGGACUCCGACAGUGAUUCCGACGGUCCUCAAGAGUACUACACCGGCGGCGAGAAAAGUGGUAUGAUUGUUCAAGAUCCAUCGAAGAAAGAUGAUGUUGAUGAGAUAUUCAACCAAGCUAGACAACUUGGAGCAGUUGAAGGACCUCUUGAGACUCCUUCUUCCAGAAGCUUUACUGGAACUGGGAGGUUGCUUUCUGGAUCAAGUGUUGAGACUGCUCCUCCUCAACACCCUCACCCUGUUGCUCACAACAUUAUCUUCUGGUCUAAUGGUUUCACUAUAGAUGAUGGUCCUUUGAGGAUGUUGGAUGAUCCAGAGAAUGCGUCUUUUCUCGAGAGUAUUCGAAAGUCUGAGUGUCCGAAAGAGCUUGAGCCUGAAGAUAGAAGAGCCCCUGUACAUGUCAAUCUCAUGCGAAGGGAAGAGAAAUGUCCUGAAAGAGAGAAGCCUAAUGUUUCAUUUCAGGGUGUUGGAAGGACUCUUGGUGGCAGUGGAAGUAGCUCAUCAAUGGCUCCAGAUUCCGCAGCCGUUCCGGUACUAACCGGUUCAGCACCACCAUCUCCAAGUCUUGCGAUAGAUGAAACCGCUCCAACCACAUCGAUCCAGAUUAGGUUAGCGGAUGGGACUCGGCUUGUGGCUAAGUUCAAUCAUCAUCACACGGUCAACGACAUUCGUGUUUUUAUUGACUCCUCUCGGCCUGGAGCUCCGGUUAACUACCAGCUUCAGACAAUGGGGUUCCCACCUGCGCCUUUGACUGAUCUCACUCAGACCAUUGAACAAGCUGGUCUAGCCAACUCUGUUGUUCUUCAGAAAUUCUAGAAUGUUUUUUUUUUUUUUUUUGUCUUUCUAUAUGCAUUAUGGAUAAGAGUUGCCGUAACUGUUAUUGUAACCAGAAAAAUGGUUGGCGUCUCUGUAAGUUACUUAAUGGGGUCUUAUCAUAUCGGAAGAAAAGACAGUGGUAUAGAUUUUCUUGAUUUAUCGAAAAUAAUGUUUUCAUUACGCAUUUUGUGUUAUUCAUGGUUUUCAGUUAUACAUUACUCGUUUUGUAAAAGUAUAAUCACUGUCAUGUUUCUGGUAAAACAUGAAUUUGUCUA